CAGAAAUAUAGCAGGAAAAAUGGUUUCCCUCAACCCUGUCAGAAUCUUGAAGAAUGAAGCCGAUGAAGAAAAGGCCGAGGUUGCUCGUCUAUCAAGUUUUGUUGGCGCCAUGGCCAUCGGUGAUCUGAUCAAGUCUACCCUCGGGCCCAAGGGUAUGGACAAGAUCCUCUGGGGAAUGGGUCGUAACGACGGAACGAUCGAGGUGACCAACGACGGAGCAACAAUUCUCAGAUCCGUCGGAGUUGACAAUCCUGCUGCUAAAGUUCUUGUAGAGAUGUCACGUGUUCAGGAUGAUGAGGUAGGAGAUGGAACAACCAGUGUGACAGUGCUGGCCUCCGAGCUGAUCAAGAUUCGCUUCAAUAUUCUCUUGAUGCGUCGCUCUCCUUAUAAUUUUAUUAUCUAUCCUGAGCACACGACACCCUAUUUCCGGAUUGCAAGGGAAGCCCUGGAAAAUGUUGCAAUCGAUCAUUCCUCAGAUCCAGUCAAAUUCAAGGAGGAUGAAGGAUUGAAUAAUAUUGUUGUGUUUGGAGGAUUGAAUAAUAUUGUUGUGUAUGGAGGAUUAUUUGAGAAAUGCAGGUUGAAGGGUUCCGGUAACCUUGAUGCAAUCCAGAUCACUAAAAUCCAGGGGGGAAGACUAGAUGAGUCUUUCCUCGACGAAGGAUUCCUCCUGAACAAGAAGCCCGGUAUGCACCAACCCCAGAGAUUAGAGAACGCCAAGAUUAUGAUCGCAAACACCCCCAUGGACACCGACAAGAUCAAGGUCUUCGGAUCCAGGUAGAACAUCAUCAGAUAUGGAGGGGUUGAUAUGAUCUGCAAGCACGACAUGAACGUGUUCAUCAACAGGCAGUUGAUAUACAACUACCCUGAACAGUUGUUCGCUGACCGUGGUGUAAUGGCUAUUGAACACGCAGACUUCGACGGGAUUGAGCGUCUAGCUCUCGUCACUGGAGCCGAGAUCGUCUCAACCUUUGGCAACCCAGAGCUCGUUAGGAUCGGCAAAUGCGAUCUGAUCGAACAGGUUUCUAUCGGAGAGGAGACUCUGUUGAAGUUCAGCGGAGUCCCCCUGGGUGAGGCGUGCAGUAUUGUUCUCCGAGGAGCUACAGAGCAGAUUAUCGGAGAAGCUGACAGAUCUAUUCAUGAUGCUCUCUGUGUUCUAACUUCUACUAUCAAGGAACCAAGAACUGUUCUGGGAGGAGGAUGCAGUGAAAUGAUAAUGGCUCAAGCUAUCUCAGAGUUGGCCGCUAAAACUCCAGGCAAGGAAUCACACGCUAUGGAGGCUUUCGCCAAUGCUCUCCGCCAACUGCCAAGUAUUAUUGCUGAGAAUGGCGGAUACGACUCCGCCCAGCUGGUUUCUGAACUCAGGGCGCUGCACGCCACCGGCAAGAACACCAUGGGUCUCAAUAUGAACGAGGGCUGUGUUGGAGAUAUGUCCGAGAUGGGUAUAGCUGAGAGCUUCAUGGUGAAGAGGCAGGUCCUGGUUCAAGCUGCCGAGGCCGCCGAGAUGAUCCUAAGGGUUGAUGAUAUCCUGAAGGCCGCCCCCAGGAAGCGGGAGCAGGAUAGAUCACACUGCUGAACAAAAUACUCACCACACAACACUAAUCUAUAUGUCACGGUUGCUUCGUGAUGUAAUUUUUAAUCACGGGUGCUCCAUGACACUUUUAAUCGCGGGUGCUCCGUGACGUAACUCUAACAUGCACUGUAAACAACUAAUAUGAUCUGUUGAAGUUCCAGUCCGUACACUAUUGUGAUCCUUGAACAUUAUUUCCUUGCAGA